AUGAUAUCAGAAUUAAUUGAAAAAAACCAAUUCAAUGAUUUUUACAUUUUGUUUGAUGACAAUAUUAAAGAUGCUAAUAAAACUGUAAAAUCAUUUUAUGAAUAAUUUGAAUAAGAAUGUUACUAAAAAGGAUCUGAAAAUUACAAUCAUUCUAAUAAAUUUAAAAUAUACAUAAAUGAAACAAUUAAUAAAGGAAAAUCAAAGUAAAAUAUUUCUUAAAUUAUUGAAAAAUAUUCUAAACAUAAAAUUUUAGAAACAUCUAGAGUUUUUUAAUAAAAUUGUUAAAGAGCACCAUUUUUAUGUUUAAUUAUCUUAUGUAAAGAAUAGUUUUAAAGUUUAGAGAAUAUACUUGAAAUAGUAGUAGCUCAUAAAGAAAAUGAUUGCAAAACUGUAAUAAUAUUGGAAGAGAUUAAGGAAUUAAUUUAUGCAUAAAAUCAAUUUGAUCAAUAUCAAAAAGAAUUUGAUUAAUUUGUAUUAGAUCUACAAUUAAAUAAUAAAGUAGAUGUAAUAAAUACUAAAUCUCUUAAAUAAACCAUUGAAGAAAUUGCUUAAUGUUUAUUAUGCAGUGUGUAAUGGAAGAAAAAAAAAAAUAAAAUUCCAUGUUUAUUUAGAGAUAGAGGUGAUCAAAACUUAUUUAAAUCUGAAAAUGCUGGGAUUACUAAUACUUAUCAACUUUAUUGGUUAUCUAUGUUGGCUUAAAUACCAGGAAUUAGUGAAGCAAAAGCCAGAGCAAUAGUGUUAAAAUAUCCAUCAAUCAAAUCAUUAUUAAAUGCCUAUAAAAACACAGAUAUUGAAAAGAGACCACAUUUACUUAGUGAAAUAGAAGUUGUUUAAGGUAUUGUUUAAUAAAGUUCAAAAAAACUUGGAAAUACUAUCUCAGAAUAAUUAUAUAUUCUCUUCUCAACCACUGAUGCCGAUUAUAAAUUAUUAGAUUGA